CUUACUGGGCCAUCGUUCAUAUAUUAAGUAGGCCCUUUCGCAACAUCACGUAGGUAUUCUUCGUAGGCUGAACCAGUGCCCUAAACGUUCCCGACGCUUCAUUGGUGACAGUCAUGACGCAAAUCGUAGUAAUCGGCGCUGGUGUAAUCGGGCUAAGCACUGCCGUGAGACUCCAGCAGGAUGGCUACAACGUAGCCAUCGUAGCCAAGGAUUUCCCGAGUCCUUUCGAGGCCAUCGAUGCCAAAGCCUCGAUCAACUACACAUCCCAGUGGGGUGGCGCUCACAACCGCUGGGUCAUACCGGCGAACGAGACUGAAGAGCGCGAUCAUGCGAUGGCACUCGUGACAUUCCAGCAGAUGGAGUCGUUGAACAAGAGCAACCCUGAAGCUGGUAUCACCUUCAUGCCCGGCAUCGAGUACCUGGAGAAUCCUCCGGCGCAGUACAGGAGCCUGACCGAGGAAAAGGCUAAGAGUUUAGGGCUAGUAGAGUUUCGGCGUUUGAAGCCGAGCGAGUUUCCAGACGACAAAGUGAAGUGGGGCUGUGAGUAUUGGACAUGGUGUGUGAACCCCAUGAUCUACUGCUCUUUUCUCCUUCGCAGGUUCUCAUGGAAUGGCGGCGAAGUGUUCCGUAGAGAGAUCAGCAACCCGCGCGAAGGUUUCACAAUCAAGGGACUAGCUGAUGUACGGGUUGUCAUCAAUUGCUCCGGGUUUGGGUUUGGGGACAAGGACUCGUUCAUUACACGAGGACAAACAUGUGCUGUGGCCAACUACAGCCCAGCAACAGUGACACGACAGAAUGCCGAUGGCUCUUGGUCAUUCUGCGUGCCCAGAAACUUUGAUGGUGGCACAAUCGUCGGUGGCACAAAGGAACCCGACAACUGGGACCCUGAGCCCUCGGUGCAAGUGCGAGAGAAAAUGCUGAAGGAUUUUGCCGCGACGUAUCCUUCGAUACUCGGAGACAGCGGUGAGUUCCGUGUUCUCAAAGACAUCGUGGGCCGACGUCCAACUCGAAAAGGAGGCAUGAGACUCGAGAGAGAAGAAAUAGGCCAUGGCCGAACCAUCAUCCACGCUUACGGACUUGGAGGCAGGGGAUUUGAGCUGUCCUGGGGAGUGGCCGAAGAGGUCCUUGAGCUGCUAGGUAAACGUCAAGCCAGGGCGCGAUUGUAGCCCUCUAUUGUAAUGCUGGAGAACGUUUGAGUCUGUGGCA